AUGCUGCCCGCCCUGCGCUCGACCGCAGCCCGCUCGGCCCUCCCGCGCUUCCCGCGUCAGGCCCUCGUCCGCUUCCAGUCGUCCACCUCCGACUUCACCUCGAUCCUCGUCUCGAGUCCGGCUCCCGGCGUCAGCCAGAUCACCCUCAACCGCCCCAAAGCCCUCAACGCGCUCAACUCGACCCUGUUCCACGAGAUCAACUCGGCCCUGCGCACCCUCUCGACCGACGACUCGGUCGGCGCAGUCGUCCUCACCGGCUCCGACAAGGCUUUUGCCGCCGGCGCCGACAUCAAGGAGAUGAAGGACAAGCAGUUUGCCGAGGUCUACGCGGGCGACUUUCUCGCCCACUGGACCGAGUUGAGCAACUUUCGCAAGCCCAUCAUCGCUGCCGUCAGCGGCUACGCGCUCGGUGGCGGCUGUGAGCUCGCCAUGAUGUGCGACGUCAUCCUCGCGUCGCCGACGGCCGUCUUUGGCCAGCCCGAGAUCAACCUCGGCGUCAUCCCCGGCGCCGGCGGCACCCAGCGCCUGACGCACGCCCUCGGCAAGUCGCGCGCCAUGGAGAUUGUCCUCACGGGCCGCAACUUUUCGGCCGACGAGGCGUCCCAGUGGGGGCUCGUGUCGCGCGUCGUGCCCGAGGGCGAGAGCGUCGUCGACGAGGCCGUCAAGGUCGCCGGCAAGAUUGCGUCCAAGAGCCGGAUCGCCGUGCAGGCCGCAAAGGAGGGCGUCAACUCGGCGUACGAACUCUCGCUCGCGCAGGGCCUGCACCUCGAGCGCCGCCUCUUCCACCAGCUCUUUGCGACCAACGACCAGAAGAUCGGCAUGAAGGCGUUCGCCGAGAAGCAGAAGCCCAAGUGGACCCACUCGUAGUCCAGUUCCUCCUUCGAGCGCCUCUCGGUCUCGGUCGACGUGCAAAGCAGUGGCAGUACCUUUCC